AUGGACGCUACAGAUCUGCGGGAAAUGAUGGAGCGGGAUAAGCGACGUAGAGAAAAGAAGAAGAAGCUGCAAGAAGAACGCCUACGACAGAAGUUAGAGCGAAAAGCGGAGAAACAACGGGCGAAGGAACUCAAGAGGGAGCAAGAAGCAGCGUCAGCGGUUGCCGUAUUACAAGACAUACAUCCUGCACUGCGAGACGUUCAUCCCGCGCUGCGGGACGUUCACCCUGCGCUGCGAAGCGAGCGAACGGACACCGACGUAGGCCUCGGAAUUGAAGCCGGGCCAUCCGUGCCCUCGCAACCACUGCGUCCACACCGUAUGUCUGAAGAUUUGGGCCCGACGGACACUCGGUCCUAUCUAGACCCUCCCUCGGAGGAACAGCUCCCAACCAAUCCGUUUGCAGACCCAUCUGACCCCACAAGUCCGCGGAACGAAGAGCCCACGCCACUAGAGAUCCCAGAAACACCUUUCGAAGAGCCUGUAAUUUCGAACGCCCAAGCCAUCCGGUACUCACGAGCAAGCAUGACACCGCCAACAUCGCCCACAGCGCACGUUAGGGGAGCUUCCAACAUCUCUCAUCUGCCGGAGCUGAUCCGAGAGCGCAGCCAAGAGCCGAUAGAAGAGCGGAGUCACGAGCUGGCUCAAGAGCCCAGUCGAGAAGCCUCCAUAGCCGUAUCGACCCAACCCACUCAGAGUGAGCGGCGACGAAGUUCUGACGUAAGCACCGGCCGGCGCUUCGGGUGGCCGUCCUUCUUCAGACGGAGUGGUCCUGCGGCCAAGCCAUCAUCCAUAGAUCGCGGGCGAGCCACUCCGUCUGAGAUGUCGUUCUCGAAUACGUCGCGAGAGAGCAUGGCGCGGAGAGAGUUGCCAGCACACCUUGUACAACAGCCUCAGCAACAGGCGCGCUCAGGUACCCCUGCUCGUAAGCAGUCAAAAUUUAGGGAGGAUCUCGCGGAAAUGCCUGUCUCGCCACCAGACUCGAGAGUACAGUCGCCGGAGUCCGCCGCCUCUGUCGUUUCGGAGGGGUCAUGGCUAUCAGGAAAACUGGGCAAGAAACCGUCGCUACCAGCUCGCACACGCAGUAUCGAAGGUCUUCCAACGGUCAAGCAACCAGAAGAUUUUCAUGCUUCCUACGAAGACCUCGGCAUUCCUGAUGACGAGUACUUCCGUCGCCUAACACCCCAAAUAGAUGAUAGACGUCUGUCUACGUACUCCGGUCGCAAGGGUCAUUCUAAGAAACCGAGCAGCACCGCUAUAGGGCCCGGCUCGGACUCAGAUCUCGACGAAGACCGGGACAGCCUGCUGGAGGGUGAUACGACUGAAGAGACGGUGAAACAUGGUGACAUUGCCAGGCAGCCUACCGUCGUCCGCCGCGAAGACCAGGCCUCUCGGGUCAAGUCUCGGGAAGGUCUCCUAAAUCUCUUCCGAGAGGGCGGUACCAACACUGCCGACUCGCCUCGCUCAUCAUCAGACGAAUCAUCGCCCGAGAGGGAAUCACCGAGUGAGGAAGGGCCAAGUCCAACUCAGCGAGCGUUUGUGGAACGCGCACGGAGCGUCGACCUGGGUAAAGGCCAUAUCCGUGCCGUCAGUGCAGGUAGCGCGAAGCUCUUGGACAUCCCGGCAAGAAGCGGGUCGGGAACUGAGAAGCGAUCAAGCUUCCCGGGCCAGAACACGAGACAUUCGACGCCGAUGUUGUGA